GGAUGUAGGUCCAAUAUUAACCAAUGGUGAACUUUGCUUUCCCGCUUUCGAAUUUUUCUUCUUAACCAACCAUUCAAAAACAGUAAUGUUAUCCAUUAAUUCACAUACAAGUCUUUGCUCCUUACUAGCUGAUUUGGUCUAACAAGAUCAACUGAAGAUGGCGGCAACUAUGAUAGGAGGCGCUUUUCUCUCGGCAACUAUGCAAACCUUGUUUGAGAAACUUGCUUCAACAGAGUUUCUUGAUUACAUCAAAAACACCAAGCUGAAUGUCUCACUCUUGAGGCAAUUAAAAACAACCCUGCUCACACUUCAGGCUGUACUGGAUGAUGCGGAGGAGAAGCAGAUGAACAAUCUUGCUGUCAAACAAUGGCUUGAUGACUUGAAAGACGCUAUCUUUGAUGCUGAGGAUUUACUCGAUCAAAUAAGUUAUGACUCCCUCCGAUGCAAGAUGGAGAAGAAACAAGCUAGAAACAAAACUAAUCAGGUGUGGAACUUACUUUCAUCCCCUUUUAAAAACAUCUAUGGAGAGAUCAAUUCCCAUAUGAAGAUCAUGUGUGAAAGCCUGCAACUUUUUGCACAAAAUAAAGAUAUAUUAGGUUUGCAAACUAAAAGUGCUAGAGUUUCUCGUAGAACACCUUCAAGUUCAGUGGUAAAUGAAUCUGUCAUAGUGGGUAGGAAGAAUGACAAAGAGACAAUAAUGAACAUGUUGCUAUCACAGAGAGACACAAUCCAUAAUAAUAUAGGUGUUGUUGCAAUUUUGGGCAUGGGAGGUUUAGGAAAAACUACCCUUGCUCAACUUGUCUACAAUGAUAAAGAAGUUCAACAAUAUUUUGAUUUGAAGGCAUGGGCUUGCGUGUCUGAGGAUUUUGAUAUUAUGAGAGUAACCAGGUCUCUCCUUGAAUCGGUCACUUCAAGAACUUGGGAUAGCAAUAAUCUUGAUAUCCUUCGAGUUGAGUUAAAGAAAAACUUGAGGGAGAAAAGAUUUUUGUUUGUGUUAGAUGAUAUGUGGAAUGACAAUUAUAAUGAUUGGGGUGAACUAGUAAGUCCCUUCAGUAAUGGAAAACCUGGAAGCAUGGUGAUUAUAACAACACGCCAACGAAAAGUUGCUGAGGUGGCACACACAUUUCCUAUACAUGAAUUAAAACUUCUAUCAAAUGAAGAUUGUUGGUCUUUACUCUCAAAGCAUGCAUUGGGAAGUGAUGAGUUUCACCAUAGUACAAACACAACCCUUGAAGAAAUAGGAAGGAAGAUUGCAAGAAAGUGUGGAGGAUUGCCAAUUGCCGCUAUAACAAUAGGAGGGCUUCUACGUUCAAAGGUAGAUAUAACAGAGUGGACUGCAAUUUUAAACAAUGACAUAUGGAACUUAUCAAAUGAUAAUAUUCUUCCUGCUUUGCAUUUAAGUUAUCAAUAUCUUCCAUCUCACUUGAAAAGAUGUUUUGCAUAUUGUUCAAUUUUUCCAAAGGACUACCCACUUGAUAGGAAGAAAUUGAUUUUGUUGUGGAUGGCAGAAGGAUUCCUUGAUUGUUCUCAAGGUGGGAAAAAGUUGGAGGACUUGGGUGAUGAUUGGUUUGCUGAAUUGUUAUCGAGAUCGUUAAUUCAACAAUUAAGUGAUGAUGCUCGUGGAGAAAAGUUUGUUAUGCAUGACCUUGUAAAUGAUUUAGCUACAUUCAUAUCAGGAAAAAGUUGUUGCAGGCUUGAAUGUGGUGACAUCCAUAAAAAUGUUCGUCACUUCUCAUAUAACCAAGAAUACUAUGACAUUUUCAUCAAGUUUGAGAAAUUAUAUAGCUUCAAAUGCUUGCGAAGCUUCCUAUCCACUUACUCCACAAUGUUCAAUUACAAUUACUUAUCCUUAAAAGUGGUUGAUGAUUUCCUACCAUCACAAAAAAGGUUGCGUGUGUUAUCCCUAUCAAGGUAUAAAAACAUCACCAAGCUACCAGAUUCAAUUGGAAAUUUGGUGCAGUUGCGGUAUCUAGAUAUCUCCUUCACUAAAAUCAAAAGCUUGCCUGAUGCAACAUAUAAGCUUUACAAUUUACAAACCUUGAUUUUAUCAAGUUGUGAGAGUCUCGUUGAAUUGCCAGUACAAAUUGGAAAUUUAGUCAGUCUACGUCACCUUGAUAUAAGUGGAACUAACAUAAGUGAGUUGCCUGUGGAAAUUGUGGGACUAGAAAACCUUCAAACUCUCACCCUUUUUAUAGUGGGUAAGAGACAUGUAGGGUUAAGUAUCAAAGAGCUCGGAAAACUCCCAAACCUACAUAGAACACUUACCAUCAAGAACCUGGAUAAUGUUUUUGAUUCCGUAGAGGCACACGAUGCCAACUUGAAAAGCAAAGAAAAAAUUGAGGAUUUAGAGCUAAUAUGGGGAAAACAAAGUGACGAGUCGCAAAAAGUGAAAGAUGUGCUCGAUAUGCUGCAGCCGCCAAUAAAUCUGAAGAGCCUGAAUAUUUGCUUGUAUGGUGGGACAAGCUUUCCGAGUUGGCUGGGAAAUUCUUCAUUUUCUAACAUGGUAUCCCUCCGUAUUAGUAAUUGUGAAUAUUGUGUGACACUUCCACCCAUAGGGCAGCUACCUUCUCUCAAGGAGCUAGAAAUAUGUGGUAUGAUGAUAUUGGAUACAAUUUGUUCGAAGUUCUAUUAUGUCCAGGGAGAAGUAGGUUCCAAUUCUUCCUUCCAACCAUUUCCAUCCCUCGAGCUUAUAAAAUUUGACAACAUGCCAAAUUGGAAUGAAUGGCUUCCUUUUGAAGGUAUAAAAUUUGCUUUUCCUCGACUCAAAACUAUGGAGUUGCGUAAUUGUCCUGAACUAAGGGGACAUUUACCUACCAACCUUCCUUGCAUCGAAGAAAUUGUAAUCAAAGGUUGUUCUCAUCUAUUGGAAAAACCAUCUACUUUGCAUUGGUUGUCGUCAAUAAAAGAAAUGAAUAUCAACGGCCUUGGUGAAAAGACACAGUUGUCAUUGCUUGAUAGUGAUUCUCUAUCUAUGAUGCAACAUGUAGUGAUUGAAAAGUAUGUUGAGCUAUCAGUUGUGCCAAAAUUGAUUUUGAGAAGCACUUGUCUUACAUACUUGAGACUCCAUUCUCUUUCUUCUCUCACUGCAUUUCCCCCAAGUGGUCUACCCACUUCAUUGCAAAUACUUCAUAUUAAAGAUUGUGAGAACUUAUCCUUUCUACCUUCUGAAACGUGGAGCGAUUACACUUCACUUGUGAGUCUUUAUUUAUGGAGUAGUUGUGAUGCACUUACAUCCUUCCCACUUGAUGGUUUCCCUGUGCUCCAAACACUUGACUUAAGUGAUUGUAGGAGUCUGGAUUCCAUUUAUAUUUUAGAAACACCUUCCCCUCAGUCGUCGAGCCUCCGACAUCUUGAAAUCAGAUCCCAUGAUUCAAUUGAAUUGUUUAAAGUCAAGCUUCGGAUGAACUCGCUUACCGCUCUUGAGAAGUUGUUUCUGAAUCAAGGAGUGUUUUCAUUUUGUGAAGGAGUUUGUCUACCUCCCAACUUACAAUCAAUUGUGAGUUUUUCCCAAAUAACAACACCACCAGUUACAGAAUGGGGUCUCCAAAACCAAACCACUCUUUCGAAAUUGGUUAUUGGAAAUGAUGAUAAUAUAGUCACCACCUUGAUGAAAGAGUUGUUGCUGCCUAUCUCCCUUGUGGACCUGUCUAUCAUUGAUCUCUAUGAAAUGAAGUCAUUUGAUGGAAAUGGGCUUCGACACCUCUCCUCUCUCCAAUAUCUCUAUUUUUGGAAUUGUCAACAGCUCGAGUCAUUGCCAGAAAACUGCCUCCCUUCCUCGUUGAAAUCACUUUCAUUUCAAAUGUGUGAGGAGCUUGAGUCAUUACCGGAAGACAGCCUCCCCGACUCUCUUAAGCAACUGACCAUUUGGGGAUGCCCAUUGUUAGAAGAAAGGUAUAAAAGGAAAGAACAUUGGUCCAAAAUCGCUCACAUCCCUGUCAUAGAUAUAAAUGAAAAAGUCACAAUAUGAGAACAAGCUGUGUUCCCUUUUUCUGGAGAUCAAAGCUUAUUUGGAUGAAAAUCAGAUCACUUGAGAGGAUCCAAAUAGAUAGUUGCAAUUGAUAGCCACAAGAUUGUAUUUACUUGGCUAAUAUUCAGUUUGCAUUUUAUUAUCAUUUGAAUGCAUCUUUGUAUGUUUCCUUCCUAAUAACCUGCUGCAUGAUCCCGUUAGACAAAGUAGAAUGCAUUAGGAUUUGUAAUAUUCUUAAUUUGUAGCUUUAAGUGAAUGUUCAUAUGAUACUGUUUCAAAUUUUCUGUUUCACUGCUUUGUUAGCAUGUGCAAUAUAAAGCAUAGAUAAACGGAACAAGUAGUAUAAUCCAUGCUGCUAUUGGUUCUAAAUAUUGGCAACUUGUUUGAGUAACAUAAA